ACAACAAUGGCUUCUUCGUUUAAAGGUAUUGGUGAGAUAUUUGAACAUUUAGCUCCUGUAGUAGGAGAAUCUCUCUUUGUAUGGGGAGGGUCCAGGCCCAUCUAUCCUGAAGUACAUGAAUCUCCUCAAAAGAGGAAGUUGUGCUCCUCCAUUGAUAGACUUGAUUUUAUGACUGGUCGUUGGUCCUCUCACGUGACCAGUGGAACUUCACCUCCUCUAGGACCUCAAGGAUACUUCUGUACCGUCAGAAACAAUGACAUCUUUUAUAUGGGUGGUUAUUGUGGACAUGAUGACUGCUUUCAUAACGACGUCAACUUAUUUAAUACUUUAACUUAUGAAUGGAAUAAGUUAAUACCAAAUUGUGAUAUUGUAAUGAAGAGAGCUGGUGGUGGUAUGGUGUGUAUGGAGUCUAUGGAUACAGAAUAUCUCCUAGUAAUUGGAGGAGAGGGCUCUACACCCAUGGCAUACCAAUCACAAUAUCAAUAUGAUCAGUUGGCUAAUGGCCGUGUUUAUACUAAUGAACAUAAUUUAUUGAAUUUAUCAACAAGACAGUGGAUUAUUCCAAAUAUUAGUGGACAGUGUUGUCCUCCUACUUCUGCCUUUACUCUUGCAAAGAUCAGUAACAAUAAAUCUGUCUUGUUUGGUGGAUCAGUGACUAAUGAUGAAGGAUAUGAUGUACCUGUUAAUAAUGUCUAUACAUGUACAUGUCAACUUGAAUCUGAUGCUACAAUACACUGGGAGAGUGUAAAGGGACCAGCAGUACCUGCUAGUGUACAGUGGCCUGUGGGGAGACGUUCUCAUGCUAUUACUAGUAUCAUCAGUGACUCACCUACACUAGUAAUGAUAGGUGGACAGGAUCAGAAUGGUCAACUAGUAAAUGAUAGUUGGUUACUGAAUACUAGUCAGUACCAGUGGAAUAAGAUUGUUCUACCUGAACCUGUUACUGGUAGACAAGCUCAUUCCUUAUCAUCAAUAAUGAUGAGUCCAGACUGUGUGUGGUUGGUGGUAGUGGGUGGGGCUGGAGCAACUGAAUGGAAAGAUGUAGGACGAGGAGUAAAAGAACCAUGGAGUACAUAUAUCACUGAUCCUAAUAUCACAAUGUUAAUAAAACUAGGUAAUAACUGGACUAUUAUGAUAAAUAUAAUAUCAUUACUUUAUGCAUUUGAAAUAUUGUAUUAA